AUGCGAAAUAUACAUGUAAUCCUUUUCCUUUCCUUAUCAGCGUUCACUCUCGCUCAUACUGGUUACUCGAGGAAAAGUUUCUGCCUGGAUGAAAUCGAAAGUUACAUACUUUCACUCGAAUGUCCAAGCAAUCAAUUGAUUAAAUUAGGUCGUAUUAUUUAUGGGUAUUCCUGGUCUAAUGAUUGCUCAUAUAUCGACAAAGAUUGUACAAUGGAUGUUCCACGAGAAGAUAUUCUUUGUUCAUCGAUAAACAAUUGUACGGUUCAAGUGGUUGAACACCCUUUGAUUCUACAGGAUUGUUGGAAUUUGGCGGCGUCGUACGUUCAAGCAGAAUACGAAUGUGUACCGGACUAUUCCAUUCAGGACAUCUGUCAGUCACGAGAUGUGACAUCGACCAGUGGUUUUCUCUCUACUCCAAUGUAUCCGAAUGGAUUUCUAUCGAAUCUAAACUGCCCAUGUUCGUUGGUUGCAUCACCAGGUCAUUCAGUCGUUUUGGAAAUCAUUCAUUUUCAUCUACCAACUUGUGCCGAGGCCGGACUUAUCCUCUGGUUUGGUCAAGAGUUUCAAACGAAAUGUUUAACACAUAGUCCAAUUAUAUUAAUUAGUACAGCCGAUCAGAAUGUCACUCUGCGAUUCUAUUCGCUGAAAUCAAUGGCACAAGGCGGAUUUCUGAUGAAAUACUCGGUUUCUCCUGAAUCAAACCAGGCAUCAGUUCGAUUACAAUGCUAUUCAUCGUCAAAUCUCACCCGAUCGACGUUACCAGCCAUAAAAUCUUCAAUAGCUAUGCAACAUACAUUUGCACCGGAGUUGAGGAACGAAUUCUUUGCAUCCACUCCGAGUGAUUUCGCGAAAAAAUUACGACCAGCGCUUCAGAACGACAUCAAAACUGUGAGUAAAUCCCAACAAUAUCCAAAUUAUAAUCACUCAAUGUACAAAAACUAUCUCUUGCCAAAUUCCUCACCAUCCACGAAUAUAAAUAUGACUUUAAUUAUCAUAUUUAUUGUUGUAAUUGUUGUCUUUCUCCUCGUAAUGAACGUUCUGAUUUGGUUUAUGUGCACUUCACGAUCGAAAAGCUCGAAAUCCACUUCAUCACUUCAGAAUCUUUACUCUCAACCUACGCUUCCUCAUAAUGAAUUAGUCAAUCCAUCGAAUCGGUUAAAAACUCUUCAUUCAUUACUCUAUACAAAUCACAAACCAAGCAAUGUCGAUCCACUUCCAAUGACUUAUCAUCGCGAAAUCGACUCAGUGUUAUCGGAAUAUCCAAUUGCGACAAAUGCGUCAUCCGUCAAUCUCGACCAUGGAUUUAUUAUCAAAUCGAAAUCAAGCGAAACACUCGAUCAGCCACGUCAGAUCAAUUCUUGGGAUGAUAUUUAA